CUCUGCUCGUCAAUGUUUUGACUUUUAAUAUUCUGUCUACUGAUUCAGUUCAUCCAUUUCAAUUCUAAAUAAUUACAUUAUUCUCCAACGGUAACAAAUUUAUCAAUUGAAUGGAUUAAAUAAAUCAGAUAACUACUUGCGUCAAGUGAUACAUAAAACUCUUAAAGUAAAAUACCUACAUACAAGAAAAUAAAACCAGUUUCAUGAGUCGUUUAACGCCAAUCGUACAAAAUAUGAUUAAUAUGAGCGCACAGCAGAGUCCGGCAAAUAUGCAGGCUGCCGUGGACAGGGAAAAGAUAUAUUCCUGGAUUCUAGAGCUAUGCAAUCCCGACACUCGUGAAAAUGCGCUAUUAGAACUGAGUAAAAAACGAGAAGUGGUUCCUGACUUGGCGCCAAUGCUGUGGCAUAGCUUCGGUACAAUCGCUGCUCUCCUACAGGAAAUAACCAACAUAUACGUGGCAAUGAUUCCUCCGACUUUGACUGCUCAUCAGAGCAACCGUGUCUGUAAUGCUUUGGCUUUGAUGCAAUGUGUUGCAUCUCAUCCAGAAACAAGAUCUGCGUUUCUUCAAGCCCAUGUUCCCUUGUUCCUUUACCCAUUCCUCCACACUGUUUCUAAAACUAGACCUUUUGAAUACCUACGUCUUACCAGUCUUGGAGUAAUAGGUGCAUUAGUGAAAACGGAUGAGCAAGAAGUUAUAACAUUUCUAUUGACUACCGAAAUUAUACCACUGUGUCUGCGCAUUAUGGAAAAUGGAUCUGAACUCUCUAAAACUGUAGCUACGUUUAUCCUACAGAAAAUUUUGCUUGACGACAGUGGACUUUGUUAUAUUUGCCAAACCUAUGACAGAUUUUCUCAUGUUGCCAUGAUUUUGGGGAAAAUGGUACUUUCACUAGCUAAAGAUCCAUCAGCUCGGUUGUUAAAGCAUGUAGUAAGAUGUUACCUUCGUUUAUCUGACAACCCAAGAGCAAGAGAAGCUUUAAGACAAUGCUUGCCAGACCAACUCCGUGAUGCAACUUUUACAGCAUGCCUUCAAGAAGACAAUUCUACAAAGCAUUGGUUGGCUCAACUCAUUAAGAACUUGGAAGCACAGCCUCCUCCGGCCAGUCCAGCUCAGCAGAACAUGUGA